ACUAUCAAUCAUCCUUUGCUACCAUUACAGUACUUCAUGAAAUGAAGAUCAAACUUCAAACUCAGUGUGAAAGUUUGUGAAGCACAUCAGUUGGAGAGAAGAACACAUAAGAAAUAUGAAGGAAGAAGAGUUUCGUGAAAUGCUGGUGCAACUUUCUGAUGCAAUCAGCCAGAAUGAUGAAAAGUAUAUAGACAUGUUGAGGGUUCUGUACACAGAUCUAGUAGUUGUUAAAAGCAAGCUAGAGGAAGCUAAGUCUGCCUUUGAGUUAUUCCAAUUACUAAUAGCACCAGGCAUUUUGAAGCCUACAGACAUUUCAGUUUUGUUUGAAACAAUUGAACUAACCAGAUUGAGAUAUUUGAAGGAGACAAUUGAGAAGUAUGAGAAAUAUCCUGAUGAAGUGAAUAUUACUCAAUUUUCAGCACAUCGUCAACGUAUUGUUGCUCUUGGAAGAGGCUUUUCAGUUGAAGAUGUCCAGAAGCUUAGUAAAUUAUAUGGGGGCAAGGUUUCUUCUAAUCCAUGGAAAUUGAUUCAGCAUCUUGAAUAUACAUCUACAGUUUUAACAGAAGAUAACAUGCCAUCAUUUACUCAACGUUUGAGAGCCAAUAAUGUAAAUGAAGGUUUCAACCAACUGCUUUUGGAAAUUUCUGAUGCAAUCAGCAAAGAAGAUGAAAUGUACGUAGACAUGUUGAGGAUUCUGUACAUAGAUCUGGCAAACAUUAAAACAAAAUUGGAGGAAACUAAAUCUGCAUUUGAAUUAUUCCAGUUACUGAGAGUAGCAGGCGUUCUGAAGCCAACAGACAUUUCAGUUUUGUUUGAAACAAUUGAACUAACUGGAUUGAGAUAUUUAAAAGAGAUAAUUGAGAAGUAUGAAAAAUAUCCAGAUGAAGUGAAGAUCACUCGAUUUUCUGCACAUCGUCAACGUAUUGUUGCUCUUGGACGAGGCUUUUCAACACAAGAUCUUCAGAGGGUUUGUCAGAUGUAUGAAGUUCCUGUCAACAUUUCUUCCAAUCAGUGGAAAGUAAUUAAAUUUCUUGAAGAAAGAGGUUUUGCUUCAGAAGAUAAUUUGCCAAACCUAAGGAAAUUAAUAAGUGUUGGUGACAAAGAAGCAUCAACAUCAAAAAGACCAAAGUUAGUUACAGUAGGUGACAAAGAAGCAUCAACAUCAAAAAGACCAAAGUUUGUUAAAGGUAAAUCAGGAAAAUCAAGACAAAAAAAAAGGCGAAGACUUGAUGAAGAUAAUAAAGAAGCAUCAACACUAGGAAGACCAAAAUUAGACAAAGAUUUUAUUAUCAAAGAUUGCUUGAAAAAUUGGCUGAAAAAAAAGUAUCGUGAUGUCAACCAAAUGACACCAGCAAUCUGGCGUGAGGAUCAUAAGGUAGACAUUGCAGAAGUAUUUACUGAACUCAGCUUACUGCAAUCUCCAGGACAAGUAGAAAAGGAAGAAACUAAGGAAAAAGAAAAGAAAAUCAAGUCAACAAGUAUAAGAAAGGAAGGUAGAUCCACAUCAUUAGCAGAGGUAUUAGAUGUUAUUAAAUCAACAGAUUCAUGUAAAGUAUUAAUAACAGGUCAAGGUGGAAUGGGCAAGACCACCCUUCUUAAAUAUAUUGCUCAUCAGUGGGCAACUAAUGGUGUACAUAAUGCUUUUGCUGGUAAACUAUUGUUUCUGCUAACUAUCAGGGACAUUAAAGCAAACGAGCAUUCCUUGGACAUUAUUAUAAAGCAAAUAAAUACAAAAGAGUUAAUUCUAAAAAACAAGUUGCCAUCGAAUUCAAUUGAAACCUUUCUGACUAACCAUGCUAAUGAAAUAGUGAUUUUGUUAGAUGGAUAUGAUGAGUUGGAAAAAGAUAAUGAGGACUUGAUAAAUCUUUUUAAAGGACUUCAAUUGCAAGAAAGCACAGUUGUGAUAACAUCUCGACCUGAUAACACUACUACUCUGGUUGCAUGUUGCAAUGUACACAUUGAAGUCAAGGGAUUCAAUUCUGAGAACAUAAAGAAGUAUAUUUGUAAUCAUUUUCAUUCAAUUGAUAAACCUAAAUUGGGUGAAUCUCUUAUUAAGGAAUUCAGACUUGAUUCAAAUUUUAAAUGGUAUUGGGGUGGUAGUCACAAAAAAGCAUUUGAAUUAUGUUCAUCGCCAUUGUUAUUGCUUAAGAUUUGUACUAUUUGGCAACAGAAGUCAUAUCUUCCUACAAACUUGUCAGAUCUUUUCAAGGAAUUGUUUUGUUGCAUUUUAAACCAAUACUUAAACAAGAGUGGCAACACCACUGCUAUUUCCCAAUUUAUCAGAAUUCCAAAUGAGUAUAGAAGUGCCAUUUUAUUAUUAGGAAAAUGUAUUUAUGAAGGCCUGAAGGAAAAUAGACUGACCAUUGACAAAUACAUCCUGACGAAAAUGGCAGAUAAUGAAAAAUUAGUUUAUUUAGCACUCAAAAUUGGAUUUGUUUAUGAAGAUAUCCUUGUUGAGCCAGGUGAUGUAAGGAAGAUUUACACAACCCCACACAAAUUACUUUCAGAGGCACUAGCAGGAUUUUUUCUCUCUGAACAAGAGACUUUGGAAGAUGAUGAAUAUGAGGUGAUAAGAUGUAAUGACAAUUUACUUAUGACAAGAGUAUUUACAUUAGGAUUUCUUGGUGCUGAUGCUUGUAAAUUGCUGAAACACUGGUUGAUAGUGAAGGCCUCAAAUUAUUACUCCCUGGCACAAUGUUUAGAAUAUAUAAAGGAUGAACUUAAAGACCAGGUCCUACAGCAAUUGGAUAACCACAUGCCCAAUGAAAUGAAAGCAUGCUGUAAGCAAAUGUGUGAGUCAUUUAAAAGUGUUUUGAAUUGUAAAGACAUAACAAAUAUGCAUUUAUUCAAACUAAUGCAAAGAUUUAUGGAUGAUUAUAAAUUUACAUUUGGUAAAAUUGAAAAGAAAUUAAUGUCUUUGGUAGAUAGAUGUAGUGAAGAGUCUUUCAGAAAUUCAUGUAGAAAGAUUGUACAUAUCUCAGUUGUAGCACAAGAAUUGCGAAAAUUAGUAAUUACUGAGGAAAAAAUAAGUGCUAAUAGCACUGAGCAUUUACUUAAAUACAUUUCAGAUUGGGGAGAUAAGGAAAUCAAUAUCCUUUCAGCUGAGAUGGAAAAUCUCCACUUUAAAUAUAGUCAUACUAAUGUCACCUUAGAUAUUACAUUUAAUUCAUCAUUCUUGAUUCAUUUUCUAAAAUACGCAAACAAUCUAUCUGUCUUGUCCGUAUGUGGAAGACUUAAAGCAACUGUACUCACUCAAGUUAUCAAUGAGUUUCAUAAAACUUAUAAAAAGUUGGAAUUAAAUGUACUUGAUAUAAGUCACAAUGAUCUAAGUGAUAUUAAUGGAGCAUUACUAAGAAAACUUUUUGAAAUAGCUCCUAAAUUAAUUGACCUAAAUGUAUGCGGAUGUGAGUUAUCAGGUGAUAUUUUGAGGAAAAUGAUAACAGAAUGUCAGAACAAUGGAGUUAAAUUAAAAAGCCUUGACAUUAGCCAUAAUUAUGGAAUGGAUGACACAUUAUUGAGCGAUAUACUUAUGGAAAAUCCAAAUCUGUAUAGUCUGAAUGUAAGUUCAUGUAAGCUAUCCCGGGAAAGUUUUACUAACAUUGUCAAUAAAAUAUUUCACUAUAACAUACCAGAAACUGAACUAAGAAGAUUCAACUGUAGUAGAAAUAAUCUAGGAUUGUUAGAUGGAAAGCUAAUUGGAAUGCUUUUGAAAAAACUUCCUAAACUCAACUAUUUUGACAUAAGUUACUGCUUUUUAUCAGGCAGUAUUGUUUGUAAAAUGAUAGAUGUUUGUAAUAAAAUGAAUUUAGUAUUGAAAGACAAUAUGCUUUGUCUGGAGGGCAAUGACCUUUCAGAUAUUGACAGUAAAUCAUUUGCUGAGUUAAUUAGGGUAAGUUAUAAAACAUUUGAUUUCAAAUGGAGUGAUUAUUGUCUUAAAACUGAUAAUCUAGAAAAAAUAGUUGCAUCAAUAGGGGAAAAUACAGUGUUUAAUUGGAGAUAUUUGGAUUUAAGUGGAGUUAGCCUUGCUAAAAUCAGUGGUAGAACAUUAGCUUACCUUUUAAAGAUCUCUACACACCUGAUCUCUAUUAACAUGGAUGAAUGCUGUGUAUCAGGCAAAAUUGUUGGUGAAAUGCUGGAAGAAUGUAAUAGGAUCAAUGUAGUAUUUCAAGGCUCCAUGGUUUCUCUAAAUAGUAAUAACCUUUCAGAUAUUGAUAGUAAAUCACUUGCUAGAUUAAUUACAGAUUAUCAUAUUUUCAAAUGGAGAAAUUAUUUUCUUACAGCUGAUAAUCUACAAAAGCUAGUUGAAUCAAUAAGUGAAAAUGGGACAUCAAGUUGGAGAGAGUUAGAUUUGAGUAAGAUUAACUUAUCUUCAAUCAGUGCAAGAACAUUAGCUUACCUUUUUAGAAUUUCUACACAAUUGACCAAAAUUAACAUGGAUGAUUGCAGUUUAUCAGGCAGAAUUGUUGGUGAGAUGCUGAAGGAAUGUGGUAGGAUGAAUGUAGUAUUGAAAGACAGCAUGCUUAGUUUGAAUGGUAAUGACCUCUCGGAUAUUGAAUGCAAGUCAAUAGCAGGGUUAGUUGGGAUUAUCUUUGCACCUUAUGAAUUUAAGUGGAGUAAUUAUUCUUUUAGAUCUGAUAAUCUACAAAAACUAAUGGAAUCAGCUGGUGAAAAUAGAAAAUUUAUUUGGAAAAAGUUAAAUCUGAGUGGAAUUAACUUAACUGCAGUUAGUGGGAAAACGUUAGCUUACCUUCUUAAAGUAUCUCCAUUUCUGACCUUUAUUAACAUAAAUGAUUGCCGUUUAUUAGGAAAAGUUGUUAGAGAAAUGAUGAAUGAAUGUAGUAGAAUGAAUGUAGUAUUGCAAGACAACAUGCUUGGUCUAAAGAAAAUUGACCUUUCAGAUAUUGAUGGUAAAUCACUUGCUGAGUUUGUUAGGGUAAUUGCUUAUGAUGAUUUCAAAUGGAGUGAUUAUUCUCUUACAGCUGAUAACUUACAAAAGCUAGUUGAAUCAAUAGAUGAGAAUCGGAUAUUAAAUUGGAAAAAGCUAGAUUUGAGUAGGAUUGACUUAACUUCAAUCAACGCAAGAACAUUAGCUUACCUUUUUAAAAUUUCUAAACACCUGACCAAUAUUAACAUGAAUGAUUGCAGUUUAUCAGGCAGAAUUAUUGGUGAGAUGAUGAAGGAAUGUGGUAGGAUGAACAUAGUAUUAAAAGACAACAUGCUUAGUCUGAAGGGCAAUGACCUUUCAGAUAUUGACAGUAAAUCAAUUGCUGAGUUAGUCAAUGUAGUUAAUACACCAUAUCAAUUCAGUUGGAGUGAUUAUUCUCUUAAAACUGAUAAUCUAGAAUUACUGGUGAAAUCAGUAAGCAAGAAUAAGACAUUGAAUUGGAGAAGGGUAGGUUUGGUUGGAAUGGAUUUGACUACAAUCAGUGGAAAAACAUUAGCUUACCUUUUUAAGAUCUCUACAGAUUUGAUGCAAAUUAACAUGGAUAAUUGCAGUUUAUCAGGCAGAAUUGUUGCUGAAAUGAUGGAGGAAUGUAGUAGGAUGAAUGUAGUAUUGAAAGACAGCAUGCUUACUUUAGAGGGAAAUAACCUUUCAGAUAUUGAUGGUAAAUCACUUGCUGAAUUAGUUAGGGUAAUUGAUCGUGAGCAUUUUACAUUCAGGUGGAGUAAUUAUUCUCUUACAGCAAAUCAUUUAGAAAGACUGUUGGAAUCAAUAGAUGAAAAUUGGAUGUUACAUUGGAGAAGUUUAGAUUUGAGUAGAAUUAGCCUAGCUAGAAUUAGCGGGAAAACAUUAGCUUACCUUUUUAAAAUCUCUACACACCUUGUCUAUAUUAACUUCAAUUAUUGCAGUUUAUCAGGCAGCAUUGUUAGUGAAAUGAUGGAAGAGUGUGGUAAGAUGAAUGUGGUAUUGAAAGACGGAAUGCUUAGUGUGAAGAAAAAUGAUCUUUCAGAUAUUGAUAGUGAAUCACUUCUCAAAUUAUUUAAAGUACUUUUUGAAGAUGCGUCCAAAUGGAGUGAUUAUUCUCUUACAUUUAAUCAUCUACAUAACAUACUUGAAAAUAGGACCGGUUUUAAAUUUGUAGACUGGAGGAGAGGGAUAUUUGCUAGUUUCUUUACAUUCUCUACAUUUCAGAUCAUUAUUGAUCACAGCGGAAAUACAAUGAAUUCUGUUUAUGUAGUAUUGAGAGACAACAUUAUUCAUUUCAAUGAGAAUGGAAACAUGACUUAUUAUAUGUUUUACAGGUUAACCAAUGUAAUUGAUGAUUUGCAAGGUUAUAUUUCUGAUUCUUCUGAAUCAAGUGAUUUAGAUGCAGAAUUAGAGUAA